AUGCCCAUUGACCGAGAUCAGGUAGAACACAUCGCCGCCCUGGCCCGCAUCGCCCUCACCGACGCGGAGAAAGAGGCCUUCGCGCGCCAGCUUUCCGACAUCCUGGACCAGUUCGAGGUCCUGCAGACCCUGGACACCGCCGGAGUCGAACCCACCGCCCACGUCGCCGGCCUCGACACUGUGCUCCGCGACGACGAGCCCGCCGACAGCCUCGACGCCGAGGACACCCUGCUCAACGCCCCUCGUCGUCGCGGCGACCUGUUCCAGGUCCGCGCCGUGCUGGACGAAUGA